CGCGGAUCGAGAUCAAUUUUUUACCUUCGAGGUUAUGUGCAAAUUGUUCUGUCAAACCCUCGCGUCGUGUGGAGCAUCAUGAUUUCCAGCCAACGAUGCUCUGUCGCGGAAAUUAUGUUUACCUGAUGAACACCGAAGAUGAACACCAAGGAAAAGGAAAAGUAUAUCGAGGAAUUUGAUUUCCCCCAUUGCGACGAAUCUUCGAAAUAUGAAAAGGUUGCGAAAAUUGGUCAGGGUACUUUUGGGGAGGUGUUCAAGGCUAGAGACAAAAAUUGUACAAAAAAAUUCGUAGCUAUGAAAAAAGUAUUAAUGGAUAACGAGAAGGAAGGGUUUCCUAUAACUGCUUUGAGAGAAAUAAGGAUACUGCAGUUAUUGAAGCAUGAGAACGUAGUAAAUUUAAUAGAGAUAUGUAGAACACGAGCGACACAAUAUAAUCGUUAUCGUUCUACAUUUUACCUCGUAUUUGACUUUUGCGAACAUGACCUAGCUGGUUUAUUGUCGAAUGUAAAUGUUAAAUUUAGUUUAGGAGAAAUUAAAAAAGUUAUGCAGCAGUUGUUAAACGGUCUUUAUUACAUUCACAGUAAUAAGAUCUUGCAUAGAGAUAUGAAGGCUGCAAAUGUUUUAAUAACAAAAAAUGGUAUACUAAAGUUAGCUGACUUUGGGUUGGCUCGUGCAUUUAGUGCGAACAAAAAUGGCCAACCAAAUCGUUACACGAAUAGAGUUGUCACUCUAUGGUACAGGCCACCGGAACUGUUGCUCGGAGAUAGAAAUUAUGGGCCCCCUGUAGAUUUGUGGGGUGCGGGAUGUAUAAUGGCUGAAAUGUGGACCAGAUCACCGAUAAUGCAAGGAAAUACAGAACAGCAGCAACUCAUAUUAAUUUCACAGUUAUGUGGCUCUAUAACGACCGAAGUGUGGCCCGGAGUCGAGAAUUUAGAGCUGUUUAAUAAAAUGGAUUUACCUAAAGGUCAAAAACGAAAGGUCAAAGACAGAUUGAAGCCAUAUCUAAAGGAUCCUUAUGCGUGUGAUUUGUUAGAUAAACUUUUGAUCCUCGAUCCAUCCAAAAGAUACGAUUCCGAUUCUGCAUUGAAUCACGAUUUUUUUUGGACCGAUCCAAUGCCUUGUGAUCUUAGUAAAAUGUUGGCACAGCAUACGCAAAGUAUGUUCGAGUACUUAGCUCCACCAAGACGUCCUGGGCAUAUACGUCAACCGCAUCAUCAAGUACCUGGAGGGCCAGCGAAACCUAGCUCUAGCAUGACUGACAGUGGUUACCAAGAUCGUGUAUUCUAGCAUAUUCUGCUCGGAAGAAUGUAAACUGCCCUCUAUUGUUCAUUUUCAUCUCUUAGACUGUUAAUCGUAAAACAUUUUACUUCAACUUCAUCGAUAAGAAUUUAAGUUGAAAUUAAAUGUCUGAUCUAUAAAUACUCUGGAAAUAAGGUGCAAGAUUUUUAUACAUAUACUUUCGGUUUCGAACGUCGGUCAAUAUUCGAGGCAUUACUAUACAGAGUGUUCGACCAUCCCUGGGAAAAAUUUUAAUGGGGGAUUCUGGAGGCCAAAAUAAGACGAAAAUCAAGAAUACCA